UCUCUCCCUACUAUCACGCUUAAAUGUCUAUAAAACCCCUCCAUCUUCUCCCAUCUUUCAAUUUCGCCACUGUCGUUUCUUUCUCAAUUCUCCUCCUAGAACCCUCUCUAUCAUGGCCUCUGCAACUCGACCUUCUUCUUCCUCUCAGGCAAUCUCUCCUGAUGAUGUUCAUGAUGAAACCAAUGUGUUUCAGUUAAUUCAAGCUCACCAGGAGAAGGCUGCUAGGCUUUCUCCGGUGGAGGAAAUCCGUACUGUGCUUGAUCAGAGCACGCGCGGUAUGCUUUCAACUUUUUCAGAGAAGCAUGAGGGCUAUCCAUCGGGGUCAAUGGUCGACUUUGCAUGUGAUGCUAGUGGAUCUCCAAUAUUAGCAGUCAGUAGCCUGGCCGUUCAUACUAAGGACUUAUUAGCCAAUUGCAAAUGUUCAUUGCUUGUUGCUAGAGAUCCCGAGGACAGAACUGAUUUAGUAAUCACUCUACACGGUGAUGCUAUUUCUGUUUCGGAAAAAGAUCAAGCAGCCGUUCGAACUGCUUAUUUGGCUAAGCAUCCCAAUGCAUUCUGGGUUGACUUUGGUGACUUCCAAUUUAUGCGCAUUGAACCGAAAGUUGUGAGAUAUGUAUCAGGUGUUGCGACAGCUUUGCUGGGAUCAGGAGAGUUCAAGAAAGAGGAGUACCAGAAUUCAAAAGUUGAUCCAAUAGCUCAAUUUUCUAAGCCUGUUACGUCUCACAUGAAUAAGGAUCAUGCCGAAGACACACAAGUCAUUGUGCAAUUCGCAACAUCAAUCCCGGUUGAUUCUGCUUACAUGCUGGAUUUGGAUAGUCUUGGAUUCAAUGUCAAGGCUAGUUAUCAAGGAAAUACUUUCAAGCUUCGAGUUCCUUUUCCUAGGCGCGCAGAAGAUAGAAAGGAUGUGAAAACGCUCAUAGUUGAAAUGCUCCAAGCUGCGCGAUCUCAGGCUAACUGACAUGCUGGUAAAAGUGACAUAAGAGGAUCUUAUGUUAUGGUGGCAUUGAACAUCUCCAGGAUAUAAACAGACAUAAUUCCGAAAUUCGUCGCGAUAUAGAUAAAAAUACCGAAAACAAUCGUCUGAGAUAAAUGGCUUUCUGCAUAUUAUAA